AUGUGUAAGCCGUACAGAUACAUUGACCGCCGCUGCGGCCACCCCAUAGCCAAGGGCUGGCAUCACUGGGUCGCCGAGCCCUGCCGCGUAGCCCUCUUCACGCGCCGGGACUGCUGGAUCCCCGUCAACAUUCCGCUGGCGAUGAUUGAGAAGCGGCUCUGGGAGGGCGAAGACAAGCCCUGCAUGUGGUGCUUAAAGCACAAGGAGGCGCUUAAAGGAAAGUCCAACGUAACUGGUAGGACGAAGCGCAACGAGGUCUGCAAGCAGGUGUCUCAACAUGCCUCUGACCCAAAGUAUGAGAAUGUAGCCGCGACCAAGUCCAAGGGCUGCGGCACAGAAGCUCGGGGCGGCGACCUGGUAGUCUCGGGCGAAGGCGAUCUCACAAUGCACAGUGCUCACAGUGUAUAUGCAGCACAUGCAGUCUCGAAGGACAGUUUCUCGUCCUCGGGUGAAGUAUCAUAG